ACAAUGUUAUCCACCAGUUGGAAUAAUGUGGAAAUGCUGAAGGACGCACAAUGCCAAUAACUGCAGAAAGUGCUAAGCUCUAUCUCCCUCUCCUAGAACGCUGGCUCCAUAUUAAGUUGAGGGAAGAAGAGCAAACUCCAGGAUUUCAGCUAUGCCAGUCAGCCAUACAGAUGCUUUGUGAAUACAUACACUUAAAUUUUGGUGUGAGAGGAAGUGCUGUGCAACCUGACCAAAAGGAAAGAGAAAAUUUUGAAAUUUGUACAGCUCACUUGACCCGAACAAAGGGAGAUGAAGGUAACCUUGGAGUACGUUUUGGGAACAUCCCAAUCUAUUGGGAUUCUCCAGGUAGUCAAGAAUAUGGGAUGUCAAGACAGAACAAAAAUAGCCAAGGCCCUGUGUUGGAUGUUGGAUAUAUCUGGGUGACAGAAGUCAAGAAGCAUAGUCCUGCUGCAAAGUGUGAGAAGAUAAAAAUUCGAGAUGAAGUGUUGUUGUUGAAUGGACAGUUGAUGGUUGGUGUAGAUGUUGCAGGUGCCAGUUACCUGGCUGACCAAUGCUGGAAUGGCGGAUACAUUUACCUGAUCAUGCUGCGUCGGAUUAAACGCAAAGCUCCUCUACCUCCUUCCAAUGGCAGCAACAGUGAACUCAGGACAAGCAGUAGCAGCUCGGAGGCAAGUGGAAGUCCCACACAGAAUGGCAAACGGACCCGAAAGUUUGGUGUCAUCUCUCGUUCUUCCCUCAACCGAGAUAGCCAGGACAGUCGGGAGAGUCAUAGCUCUGAACAAGAGAAUGGAUAUCAUGUCUCCAUGGAGGCAGAAUGUUCAAAAGCUGAAGGGGUUGACACUCAUUGUGACCCCAAAGACUCUAAUGCAGCUGUUGACCAGAACACAGAAGAGCAAAUUGCUAAUGGAAUCUCUGCUCUAUCGACAAUGCAUCAACGACCUCUACUCUCAGAAACUGGGAAGACAGACUCAAGACAGAGUGAAUACUCUACUCAGAGGGAAGGUUGCCAAAUAUGGAAGAUGCAUAUGGUGAAAGGUUCAGACGGACUUGGUAUUCAGAUUACAGGAGGUCGGGGAUCCAAACGUUCACCCCAUGGCAUCAUCGUUACAUGUGUUGAAGAAGGAGGAGCAGCACAAAGGGAUGGGAGACUGAAAUCUGGUGAUGAAUUGCUAAUGAUUAAUGGACAGUCACUGGUUGGACUCUCUCACCAAGAGGCAGUUGCACUACUUCGAUCAGCAGCAGGACUUGUACAGCUGAUUGUUGCAAGCAGGGAUGAAUCUGAAAUCCAUUUCCAGAAGUUCCCCUCUACAAGUUUACCUGAUUUGGUGACUAACUUUGUGGUUGCUGAUAACUCUCCUUCUCCUGUAGAAAAUAAAGAGAAUGUAAAACCAGAGAGUGAAGAUGCAGCUGCUGACUGCCAAGUGCAUUACCAUCCUGAAAGUGCUUCAGAAACUGAGAAAGGCGAUUACCAUGAGCGUAAAGAAAUGCCUCAGUUCAGUUGUCGAAGUCCAACACCAGGCGGCAGUGUAACAAAAUUCAGGAGCAGAUCUCAAGGCGGAGGGAGCCGCUUAGAAUCUGUGGGUGAAGAUGAUGAGCUGAUAGUGGAAAAUGGUGAGGCAAGUUGUGACAUGUUAGAAAAGCCAGCGCGAGGAGGCCGCAAGCAUUCCCUCCCUCAGCAGCUGGAUGCGAUCAGUAUUCGACAGGAUUAUCAAAUCGUUAAAAAGUCAGCACGUUCCUUAAGCACAGUUCAAGUGGAAUCACCUUGGCGGCUAGCUCAGCCGUCAAUCAUCUCUAACAUUGUCCUAAUGAAAGGUCAAGGAAAGGGUCUAGGUUUCAGUAUAGUUGGUGGCCAGGAUUCUGCUCGAGGACGGAUGGGAAUAUUUGUCAAAACUAUUUUUCCAAAUGGUGCAGCUGCUGCUGAUGGAAGACUGAAAGAAGGAGAUGAAAUUCUAGAAGUUAAUGGGGAAUCUCUGCAAGGACUAACCCAUCAGCAGGCCAUUCAGACCUUCAAGCAAUUGAAAAAAGGAGUUGUGACUCUAACCGUUCGUACCAGAUUGCGCAGUCCUAGCCUUACUCCUUGUCCCACACCAACCUUAAUGAGCCGGUCCAGCUCUCCCAAUUCCAGUGGUGGAACUCCAGUCCCAGCAUCAGAAGAAGGUGACUGCUGCCGCAAAGGACCAGGGCCAAAAGAUCGCAUCAUAAUGGAGGUGACAUUAAAAAAAGAGCCUGGAGUUGGUUUGGGGAUUGGGGCCUGUUGUCUUACAUUAGAAAAAAGCACACCAGGAAUCUACAUCCAUAGCCUUUGCCCAGGAUCAGUUGCCAAACUGGAUGGCAGAUUGAGCCGAGGUGAUCAAAUUUUGGAGGUGGACUCAGUGAGCCUGCGGCAUGCAGCUCUGAGUGAAGCAUAUGCAAUUCUAAGUGAAUGUGGUCCAGGCCCUAUCAGCCUUAUUAUUAGCCGUCAUCCAAACCCUAAGGUCUCAGAACAGGAAAUGGAUGAGGUGAUAUCACGUACUACACACCGGGAGAACAUAAACAAAGAUGGACAACUAUCACACACCACAGGGUUAUCAUCAAAGAGUCCAUCACCUAGUGUGAAAUCCAAGCAGGGUGAUGGAUCUUCUCUCAGUUGGACAAUGAAACGUUUUCUGGAACCCACAAGUCGGCAAGGGUCACUGAGUUCAGAAACAGAACUCUCCCAGUACUUUUCCCACCAUGUUCCCAGCCAGUCGUCACUCUCAGACACAAUGUUAACAGCUUCCAGUGAGGAAGAACACCUGCGGCAGAAGAGCAUAAGUAACUCCUUAGAUGACAAUGUUGUUUCUCCUCUGAAUUCAGUGCUCAAGGAAACUGGAGUGCCAAAGCCAGAGGUGUCCUCCAUCUCCCUCAGCAAUGGGAAAUCUGUUGUACCUAAGAACAAACACAUGGAAUUGGCUCGACAGGCUAGUCCAAGUGAGAGCCCCAAAUCCAUCCGCAGCCCUCUUCUACGGCAGAGAAAGGUCAUUUGCUAUGAUGACAUCAGUGAUGAUGAAGACUUUGUGAAGGUUGAGGAUAGUGCUCGACUCAAAAUGCCUCAAAUCACACAGAAGAUGCCAGAGGAAGACUCAGGAAUUAUUAUAGCCACAUCUUCUGUUGAAGUGGAUGAUUUAAGCCAAGAUGGUGAGUUGUUGAGAAAUGUCAGCAGCGAUGGUGCCCUACCUCAGUACGGCAGCUCAUUAGAGUCUGAGGAUAGUUCAAUGGAGCAAAUGGUUGACUCGCCCUUCAUGCCACUUAAAUUCUUUGAAUCAUCCAGUUCCACUGACACUAAUCAUAGCAACCUUGUAAUCAAGGAGUCUCAAGUGGAGUCCAAGCGAUCACCCAAACUUGAACACAAAGCUGUCACUCGAGUGAAGAGCAUGAUGAGCAUUGAAUGCCCACCAAACCUCUCGAAGCAGAAGAAUGAGGAGCAUCAUUCACCUCCUACCAAACCCACUGCAAGGCCACUGCCUCAUAGCAAAAAGACUGAGACAGGAGACACCUCAGUAAUGUGCUGCACAGAAACAAUACAUCUCACACGUGAAAAAUCAGAAUCAUUUGGAUUGGAUUUGGAAAUCAAGGCUUCUCCUUUAAGAGUUCUGAUAGCAGGCUUACAACCAAGUGGAGCAGCUGAGAGAGAAUCUAAAGGAAAGCUUGGUCCCGGAGAUGAAAUUGUCUUGAUUAAUAACACACCUGUCUUCAGCAUGUCUUACCAAGAAACCUGUAACUUUGUGUACAACCUCCCAACUUCCAUCACACUCGAAGUACGCAAACCAAUAUCAGCUGUGGACAGAUUAUCAACGCUCACCUCAUCAUCUUCCAAAGAUUUGAAUUUGGUAGAAACUGAUACUGUAGAACUUGAACAAAAUAUGGUUGCCAACAAAAACAGUGCACAAAUGAUGGAGGACUUCCUGCAGAACAGAACAACAAACUUGAAAGUGCAGCCUCUGGAAAAACGUACUGUGGACAAUGUAGUGGAGAACAAAGUAGAUUCACAGGAUUGCAGUACCUUGCCACACGGUAACAAACCUGACAUCCCAGUUACAGAUAUUGAUGAUGUUAUAAAUCAGCUAGAUUUUGCUGAGGGUGACAUCCCAAAUAGUUUGUCUUUGAAUUCGGAAAGGAGCCAAGUUGAUGUUGCUGCUCAUACAAUAAAAGCUACCAACAACACAAAUUGUAUCAGUAAUAAAGGUGAUUCUUUAAUAGAUAUCAAACAGGAAGUUCUUGACUACUCUGUUCUGAAUUCAGUCAACACAGGAAAAGUAUUUUCAGUAAACAAAACAUGUCUGACUAACUAUUCCAGAAACUUAAGAACUGAGAAGAAGGACAAACUAUUGGGUUUAACAGCCAACAAGGAAAAUAGGAAACAACAAUCUAUGUAUGCUGCUGCAGUGGACUCUGAUUCAGAGACUGAAUCUUUGGAUAGCCCUCACUCAUCCUGUACUAAAGUGGGUUUACCUGGAGAUGUUGGUUUCACUCAAUGUGAAAGCCUCAGUAUUGCAGAUUCAGAUACGGAAGAGGUUGAAAUCUGCUUCCAGCCUAGUGAUCAAGCUCAAAUAUCACAGCAAUGUGUGCAACUCCCAACAAAUCUGAACCAAGAGGUUGUGCACGAGAGUGAUUUGCCAACGACUAGGCUUGCUCCAGAAGCAAGUAAGGAGACAAUUUCGGCAGAUAAAAAGACAAAUUCAAAUCUGCCUUCUUCAUCCCAUGAAAAUGAGCAUAGUUUAAGCUAUUGCUCAUCACCUUCCAAUUUUGAUAUGACUGGGAUAGAGAUUGCCAAACAGAGUCCAAUGCUAAACUCUGUGAAUCAUAGACUUGCUGAACCAAUCAAAUCUGAAAGCACGAGUAUCCUUACAGCUUCUCUUUUAAAUGAUUCACAAAAUAAACAAGUGGGAUUUGAUCCUUCUUCCAAGCAGGAUCUACCAAUAAAUUCUUUGGAAGACACAGAUAUGAUAACCUUACAUAAUCAAAAUGAUUCAGACAAAGGCCAAUGUAUCAAAGAAGUCACUAGAGAAUUUGAUGAAAAGUUGGAACAUCACAGUGAUUCUGACUUUUCUGCAUCAAGACUUCAGUCAGAAUCAUGUUUGGAAUUGAAUAGGACAGACCAUGAUUUUACUUCAUCGCUAGAUUCCUUGGAGCAUUCUGAAAAUGCAGAAGUUACAAAAGCAAGUCAUGAUUCCUUGUAUCCAGUGCCCAAGCCCAGGUUAUCCGCUACAAGUAAGCCAAGUCUGGGUACUCAGGAUGUUGCCUUAUCCAUGAUUCAGGUCAGAAAAGAAAGACUGACUUUGUCAGGUAGUGGCAAAGAUUCUAAUCUCCCGCCACAAAGACAAAAUCAGUUCAAACAAUCCUUUGGCGCACAAGUUGUGAAAUCGUCCAUGCCACCUGGAGGACAAAAUGAAAGUGGUACAGCAUCUCAAAUGUGUACUAGAUCAAAGUUUCAGGACAAAGCCCAGAAGUUUUAUUCAGCACCAAAAUUAAAGGGGCUCAGCAUUAAAAGUAAAAACAAACCACCAUCUGAAACCAAUGAGAAGAAUGCAACAAAAUCUGAAGGAUUCAAAAAAUCAGAAACAUUGCAGAAAUGUUCAGAAAAGUUACCAGUUUGUGAUCAUCAAUUAUCAAAACUCUUCACUAAAAGAGCAUCCCUAAUAUGCAAUAUAAAAGCAAAUAAACAUCCUGAGAAAAAUAAAUCCGAAACAAAGAAUGAGAAAGAAGUCUGUAAUGUUCCUGUGUAUUCUUCGGGAGAACAGCUUUCAGUGCACUUACCAGUAGAUACUGGACUUCAAACAAGAGAGAAAAAUAAGGGUGAGACAAAGACCUCCAAUAUCACAGGUAAAGUGGAUUUGUGCAAUGAACAGCAAAGACAAGCUUUGAAAGAAGAUCCUAAAAAACAAAAAGAGACAGGUCAACAAUUAAUACUGGAUCAUAAACUAAAAGAGAAAGAACCCAAAGAAACUGUAUGGAUUAAAGAUCCUCAUAAACCAUCUGGGGAAUCAGAAAAAUAUAGAAAUGAAGAAAGCAUUUCCCAAGUCUCCAGUGAAACAUUGGCUAAACUACAUAUAAGAUCUCCAGUGGAAUUAUGUGAGAAUGUUAACAUGACCAACAAAAAUCAGGACAAAUUGGCUCAGGAAUCACAGAGAGUAGAGCAGGAAGCUUUACGAAAAGAACUGCUGGAGGAAAAUUUACCACCUUCAGGAUAUAAAUCAUUGGAAGACUCGACUGUUCUCUCUUCAACUUCAUUACAUGAGGAUGAUCCUGAAUGCAUAGCAACCCGACGGAGCUUUAUUGAAUUAAAACUCACAUCACCUCCAUUGGAAAGAAAAGAAAUUAAUAACAUGGCUACCCCUACAGAGCUUUUAGAGCACAAGUCAAAGAAAUCGUCUAUAGUUGAGGAUAAUGCCCAGAAACCAAAAAUAGCUCCAAAACCUCCUGUGGGCUUUGAACAGAGACCAGAUCAAUUAAGUAGUGAUGACACACAAUUUGAUAAGAAUCCAUCUGAAUCCUAUCCCAUUAAAACUUCUCAAAGACAGAAACUGUUACCGGAGAGAAAGGUAAUAUCAUUUGACACAUCACAAUUGCACACCACUGUUAAAAGUAUAGAUAAUGUUCAACCAAAUGUUGAGGCAACAGGAACCUUAAAGAAAUCUUUGAGUGAAGAAAAGUACUCCAGCACUGAUUUUAUCUUUUAUCAAAGAGACAAGGACAAAUCAAGGAUUGGAAGUUUAACAAAUGAGCUGAAUUGUCCACCAGAAGGAGGCUCUUUUACUGUCAGACAGAGAAUUAAGUCUUUUGAGAGCCUGGCGAGCUUUGACAAACCAGUAAUCAGGAAAAUAGACACCCAUUUUCUCGACUCAUCCUUUGUUAUUUGCAAUACCAACUCCUCUACCAAGCCAGCAAUAGGAAGGCGAAUAUCAGGAAGUGCAAUACCUCUAACAGCAUCGAACAUUUCAUCUAUUCGAAACUUUGAUGCAUCACGUGCCUUGAGACGUAGUUUGAGCUCCUACACUGAAGGAAGGUCUGAGGUUGCCUUUCCAUCAUCACAAUUAGAAAAGUCUCCAUCUGGUGUGGCUUUUCUCAACUUUGAAUCAAAUUAUUCGAAGAACCAUACUGAGGAAGUUAAAAAGGAAUGUGAGUCCAGUAGCGAAAGGUCUCAGGAACAAGGUUUAAAUUCAUGCAAAGUUAACAACAGUAAAAGUAGAUCGUCAGUCAACCAUCGACCAAAUGCUUUGUCUCGGUCCAAGCUGCGGGAACUGAGAGCAUUAAGCAUGCCAGAUCUUGACAAAUUGUGCAGUGAUUAUUCUAGUGAUCCAAUGACCCAGAGUUUUAAAACUGAACUGGAAGUCAAGCCAAGAACAUCUAUUGGUCUUGCUGCUGAAAGCCUUACAAAUGUGUCUUCUGGAACUGCUUCUGCUACCAGUGGUUCAGGUUUAGUGAAAAUCUAUAGAUCUGGAAUUUCUAAUUUCAGAUCAAAGAAUUCCUGGAAAAGCAGCAAUGGAACACUAGAUUCGUGGUCUGAUGAUGAGCUGGCAAAUAAUAAGAAUUUGUCAGAGAACAAAGGCAGAAGUUGGUCAGUCAGUCUUGAAGAAUUAUCCCAUUCCACCCAGGAGAAACAGAAAUUACAGGCUGUUUUGUCCUCAAUAAUGGCUAAAGCAGAUAUCGAAAAAGUAAUACAGGAAGCUGAAACAGUAGCUGAGAAUAAGGAAGACAUUAACAUCGUUGUGUUGACCAAAGAUGAAGGUGCUGGACUGGGUUUUAGUGUCGCAGGAGGGGUGGACCAGGAACAUAAAUCUGUAACUAUUCACAGAGUAUUUUCAAGAGGGGUGGCAGCUCAAGAAGGCACCAUUCAGCGGGGAGACUACAUUCUAUCUAUCAACGGAAUGUCUGUAAUAGGCACUACACAUGUAGAUGUGCUGAAUGCACUUCACCGGGCCCGCUUACAUAAACAGGCCAUCAUUGUCAUUAAAAAAGGAAAGGAACAGGAAGAAAUUUCUUCCAAGCCAGAUUUACCAGUUCCUAAAGGAAACCAUCUCACAGAUGGAAGAGAUGCGACUACAGAAAUAAUAGGAACAGGCAUGAAUGUGGACCUUAGAGGGGCCAUCACCGUAGAGUUGCUGAAGACCUCUGCUGGCCUAGGAUUCAGCCUCGAUGGUGGGAAGGCUUCAAUCAAUGGAGACAGACCUCUGUAUAUUAAACGAAUAUUUCAAGGUGGUGCUUCUGAACAGUCUGGAAGGAUCAAUGUUGGGGAUGAACUGCUUGCAAUCAAUGGAAAAUUCCUGGAUGGCCUUAUGCACUAUGAUGCUUGGAACAUUAUCAAGUCUGUCCCUGAAGGACCUGUCCAGUUAGUGAUUCGAAAAAUUAAAACAGUUUAAUGAUUGAGGUUUGUUCGGUGGAUUGGAGCACAGCCCAUAACAUAGCUAUGCCAAAGUGAAAUGAAAAUCCUCAAAUUCCAUCAAAAUGACCUCUGUCACUGUUUUUCUUGAAGAAAGAGAAUUGGUAAAAAUAAUAAGACAGAUUAUAGCAUAAUUGUGUAUCUUCCAGAAUCAAAGACCUUGCCAUUACAAUAAAUCUGUGACAAGAAAAAGGUUAAAGGGGAAAAAAAAAUUCAGAAUCUUUCGUUGUAUUCCAGAGCCGAGAAUGGAGUUCAAAUAAUCCAACACUAAGGACUUACAUUUGUUAAAUUCACCAUCGAUGCUUGCACACAACCUUUAUCACACUUAAAAGCCUCAAAUCAAGUUUCUCAGAAAGUCAUUGCCUGAAAUGAAGUAGAUACUUUCUCCGUAGAAAGAUAUUUAUAGAGAUAUUUAGAAUCCAAAGCUAAGGAGCCUCCAGUUGUACAGUUAUACUGCUGGAGUUUACCGUGUUUACUUCCAAGCAGUUUACUGACACAACAAUGGGAGACUUUGAGAUAAUGCAGUUUUGCUUACUUGCACAAAUCAAAGGACAAUAGUCAUUAGGUGGAUUUUAAAUAUCGGCCAAGUUCAUGGCAGGAGGAACCAGAAACUACCAGCAAACAACAUUCCAUCACCUUUUUGUCUAUAGCACCAGCUCCAGAGCACUGUGACACCACUGGUUGGAAAUUUGAAGCAUAAAGGAGCUGCUUGUCUAUUGGCAACCCAUUCAUCUUUGAUCACCAGAAGUAACAAAUCUUGGAGCAUGCAUUCUCAAACAGGAAAUGUUAUACCUUGUAACUCCAGUUAUUCCAAUUUAUGGAGUCUCUUCAGUAGUGUCUCUGCAUGUGAAGAAAGCAUCAUGCAUCAGCAAUAAUUGUGUGAAUCUAGCUUCAAAUAAUGUAAGAGACCCCUUUAUUAAAACUAGUUGUUCAAUAUAUUUCAGAACAGUGGGGCAAUGUUCCUCUUUAGGAUCCUGGCAAAAGAACUUGGUAAGAUGGAAACUUAUUUCUUGCAUAGUGCCAUGCCAGCUGUUCACAAUCUUCCAUCCGUUUAUUCCAAUAGGCAGUAUAUUGUAAGCAGUUUGCACCCAGUUAAUGUGAUUGGGGAAUUGACUCCACUGCCUCAGUGUCCACAGGAGCAACGGCUGUUUUUCAUUAGCAAAUGAUCCUGAGCAAUGAGGUACCUUUGUCCUGUAGUUCUCAAAUUAAGGCUCGAGAGGCAUUGAUCUGUGGUGCUUCAAAAGCUGAGAGGGAGUUUAGACUGGCAUUACAUGACAUGACAUGACAGGACUACUUUUUUCCCUGACUCCUUCUUCAAACUGGCUAAUGACAGUGUGACAUCAGGACAUCUCUUGCUGUCAAAGUGGGUAGCUUCAGUUGGGAAAUGCCGCAGCCCUCAGGACCUACCUCAGUUAAGUAUAUACUAAAAAUACUUCACUCCAUGAAGAGCAGAAGUACAAAAUAGUUAGGCCUCCAGUCCUGAAAGCAGAGCAUAGGAGACUAUAGGAGCAUAUGAGUGCUGGAGCAUAUGGUCUUUCAUACUGUCCAUUGCCAACUCAAUUCUGAAUGGCCCGGUAUUCACCCUGGGCAGAUUGCAUGAAACAUCUAGAGAAGAAAUUUCUAACAAAAUAAUACAGUUGUCAUUUCUACACAUCUCUCAGUCUAGAAAUCCAUUCAAAACAUUUAAAUCUCAAACGGUUUAAAAAUAUUUUAUUCACACACCACAUCAAGGACAACAAGUCAUUUAAUGAUUUGGAGAUGCCAGUUUGGACUGGGGUGUACAAAGUUAAAAAUCACAACACCUGGUUAUAGUCCAAAAGGUUUAAUUGGAAACAUUAGCUUUCAGAGCGAUGCUCCUUUACCAGGUGAUUGCAGAGUAUAAGGACUCUAUUCCACAACCACCUGAUGAAGUAGCAGCGUUCUGAACCUCAUCAAAUAACUCAAUUAAAUUUGUCAUACAUGACCUGCCUUUAACACAAUGAUGUUGAGUGUAUAGUACGAACUUAUUUUUAUCUAAGUGUAUAUUUAUCUUCUCCUGUAUUAUGGCCUACAUCAGUUUUCCAACUAUUGAUGUCAAGUUGACUGGUUAUCCUUUGUCUCAUAAACAAGGCCAUCACAUUCACAAUUCUCCAGUCCCCCAGGACUAAUCCUGUGUUCAGAGAGGCUUGGAAAAUUUGCCAACGGUUCUGCAAUUUGCUCCUUUACACCUGUCAGCAAUCUAGGAUGCAUCCCACCUGGAUAAAAAUAAACCAAAGAACUGCAGACACUGGAAAUAUGAAACAAAAACAGAAAUUACUGGAAUAAACUCAGCGGAUUUGGCAGCAUCUGUGGAGAGAGAAACAGAGUUAACAUUUGGGUCUAGCAACUCUUGUUUAGAACAUUCUGAAGUUUUUUCAGCAAUUUGUGUUUGUGGCAUCCCAUCUGGGCCUGGUGACUUGGAGUGCUGCCAGCCUUUUUCAUACCUUUCUCUAUUCUAUUAUUUAGUUGUUCAACACCCACAUUUUCAACUUAUUGUCACCAUUUUCAAAUUUGGUAAAGACAGAAGCAAAGUACCCAUUUAGUACUUCUAUCAUACCCUUUGUUUCAGCAAGUUUAUCUUGCUUGUUCCUAAUGGGCCCCAAUGUAUCCUUGCUGAAAAUGUAUUGCUGGAAAAGCGCAGCAGGUCGGGCAGUAUCCAAGGAGCAGGAGAAUCGAUGUUUCAGGUCUGAGCCCUUCUUCAGGAAGCCUCUCCUGCUCCUUGGAUGCUGCCUGACCUGCUGCACUUUUCCAGCAACACAUUUUCAGCUCUGAUCUCCAGCAUCUGCAGUCCUCACUUUCUCCCAAUGUAUCCUUCACUAAGCUUUUACUGUUAAUAUGUUUGAAAAACAUUUUACUGUUUGCUUUAACAUAGCCUGCCAUCCUUUCUUCUUGGCCUUCCUUAUUCCAGCCUUAGCUUGGAAUUCACUGUUUAAUCCAGCAAAAGCUAUUUCCAAUCAUCUUCUUCAAGAUCAAUGUUUAGACUCCUAUAAUCUGCACUUCCAGAUCCGGGAUCUUGAUCCUUAAUUCUUACCAUUUUCUAACUUAAUAUUGAAACUUGUUGAAAGGCUAUGAUACUACUCUUGACCAAGAAUGUUAUGCUUUUUUUUUACCCACAUUGUUUCUACUAAAAAAUGUAUAACCCGGAAUGUUAAGCAUCCAGUCCUUUUCCGGCUUAAACCACAUUAAGCUAACAUUUCAUAUCCCCAUAGAGCAACUUCUACUUGCAAUUCCCCUAUUUUGUUCAGUAUAGUCCAUGUGUUUACAUACAGAUAGUUUAUCCCUGCUUUUACCUCUUUCAUGCCCAUUGGGAGGUGACCACUUCUUUGUUCGCUGUCAACACUCAAAGCCUUCCCUCACUUCCUUUUAUCUGUUCCCCAGGUCAACCCGCUCCCCUGCCUUACAAAUUUAAAUCCACUCCCACUGCAUUAUUUACUGUCUCAGCCCAGGAGAUGAGUUCCAUUUCACCUCUGUUGAAGACCAUCUCUUCUGAACAGCUUUCUUCUUUCCCAAAAGUGAUCUCAAUGUCCCAAAAAUCUAAACUAUUAUCUCCUACACCAUCCCUUAAACCAUGCAUUUGUUUCCCUGCUCAGCCUUUGCCUAAAUGGUGAAGUACAUAGCACAGGUCAUACUUCUGAGAUUUCUGUCCUGGAGGUUCUGUGUUUCCCUAACUCCUGACACUAAUUCUGUAAGAUCUCCAAGUUCCCCUCUCUAUGUUGUUGGUUACCACAGGAAGCACAAACAUUAGUUGUUCACCCUCUUUUUCUAGAUGUGUAUCCAGACAUUCUGUUAUGUCCUGAAACCAGUAGUAUGCAUUGUGUAUACAGCCUGACUAAAGUGACAUUAUUAAUUUGAACCUCCAUAUCAGGAUCAAACAUAAAAAGGUGAAUAAAACUAAUGGGGUGGAAUUAUGCUCUAUGCUAUUAGCAUAUGAUGCAAAAGGUAUCAUAAAUAGGUUAAAUCCACCAUUAAAAUAAUGGAAUGGGAACCUUAAGCAUAAUCACUCAUAACAAAAACUAUGUGUAAAAUUUCAUGUCAUUUGUAAAUCACUAACAAUAAUUUGUAGAUGUAAAGGAAUGAAUAAAUAACGAGCUCUAUAAUAUCAACACCCAAUUGAAUAUCCGAAGGACACAAGCAGGAAGGGUUUCAUUUAGUUAAUCAAAUUCUGGAUAAUCGAAUGCCAGAUAACAUGGUUUAGCCAAGCAUCGGGACCUUGCGAUCUUGUCGGAUAAUCCGAUAUGUGGAUAAUCAAAUGCCGGAUAAUCCAGAGUACAACAGUUUACUCCAUGCCUGGAGUCAUGUCAUUAGAUUGUUUGCCUGUAGGUGGCAGUAGUACCAGAUCUUUUCUCAUGGAACCCUUUCUGUUCAAGGAAGCUAUCAUUCCAUUUAUAAAGAUAUCAAAACAUUUGAAUUUAUUUGUACUGGAAAGGACAUUUUAUGCCCAUCUGUCAUUACCUUAAUAGUUCUUACUUACUGCAGUCCUGAAGGCAUUGGAACUUCUACUAUGGUCUUAUACAGGAAGUCCAACAAUUCCAUACGUGCAUUCAGUGCUAAGAAAGCAAUAACUUGCAUUAUGUAGCAUUUUAACAUAUUAAUAUCACAAAGUGCUUUACAGGAAUAUUAUCAGACAGAAUUUGCCAUGGAUAUUAAGGCAAAUGACUAAAAGUUUAGUCAGAGGUGGGUUUACAUAGCAUCUUAAAAAGUGGACAAAUAGUUGGAGAAGUUUAGGGAUGAGAUUCCAGAACUUAGCGAAUAGAACAUGAUAAAAUAUCAUUCCAAAACAGCAUAACUAUAACCAGAUGAGAUUUCAGCAGGAGCUCUUCAGCACACAUUACUUAGCAGGAUUUUCUCUGAAUACUGAGGUAAACAUCAACCAUCAUCUAAAUGAAUGACAGAACAGACUCAAGGGGCUAAAUAGCCUAUUCCUGUUCCAAAUAUUAUCAUUAAUUAAAAUUUUAUGUUUAUAUGGUCCCUUGCAUGCAGCAAUAUAGCUCAGUGCAUUUGCAAAGGACAAGAUGCAUCACUUAAAUGCAAGGUUCAAAACACCAGUAAUUGAGCUCCUAAAAAACAAUUAGCUCAAUUCAAUCUUUCAUUUUAAAGUUUAUGGUGUUUGUUUUAGGUUAGCUUUUAUAGCAAGGUAAAUAGGGUUUAAAGUUGUCUUUUAACCCAUAUCAACAAGAAGCUAAAUUUAGCAAAGCUGAAGUGAUCAGAUGAGGAGCUGCAUGUCUUGUUAUGAAUCAAGCCACAUUAGAAACUGAAUGAGAUUAGUUUCCCUUUUAAAUUAAUUCAUGGUGAAAUAAGUCAGUAUACAGAUUAAAUAGUUGCACCUUUAAUCUGAAAUAUCUAUCUGGAAUCUCAUAUGAAGCUAUUAACUUGGAUAUCUGACUCUGUUUGAAAGCAACUACAUUCCAGACUAAUAAAAAAACCAAAACACCACACAAGCUCAAAAUCUAAAAUAAAAAUCGAUCAUUUCAUUUGACAGCAUCUGUGUAGUAGGAAAGAGUUAAUACUUUGGGUCAAUUACUUUUCAUCAAUUCUGAUUUAUUUAGCUGAUUACUGUUCUGAAAUAUUAGCUUUGACUCUUUCUCUGUAGAUGCGACUUGAACUGCUGAGUAUUUCAAGUAUUUGAAUUUCCACUCUGAUCAUUUUGUUUACCCUGGUGUGCUCUGUUGUUUUGAUAAUCCCCUGUUUGGAGUCAACAGUUUGAAAGAGCUAAUAUUAUGUAUGAGCAAUGUACUAAUCAAUCAGCCUCUGUACUCACGUUAUUUUAAGAAUUUCUUAUUAUCAUGUUACUAAAUUUAUGAAAGGGAGAAAGAUUUAUGAACACGAAUAUCUGGACUGAAAUUACUUUUCUAUGAUGCUAUUUUCUUUCCCUAAAUUUAUAACGGUUGAAAUCCCCUAUUAUAGAUCCCAGUUUAGUUUAAUUUGCACACCUAUUUAAGUGCUCCUAGAUUCAUGCAAGUACAAUAUGACACUAGUCAAUAGCUUAUUUGUCAGCAUUUGGAAAAAUGCAACAUAGGUCUCAAGAAACAACACCAGAUUUCACAGUGUCGAUAUUUUUCAAUUAAGUGUUGUGAUACGCUUCUGGAGCAGGUGGAACUUGAAUCCAAAUCUUCUGGCCCAAGGGUAAGGACACUACCAUUGCACCACAGGAGCCUCAAUUUCACAGUGUAUAACAAAUAAGAACAGUUAAGCCUCUAAUUUCUGUCCCAUCCAUAUUUAAUUUCAUUGUUUUGUUGUGUUCAAAUUGCCAGCAUCUAUUUGGAAAUGCAAUGAAUUCACUUCCUUUUUGAAAACAUUAAUGAAUUUAAUGUAAAGACAGCCAUUAGAGUUACAAAUGGGUUCUGUAAACAAGCAUAUUCUAGCAUUAUAAUUUCACCAAUUCAACUGUACACUUCUCACUGAUUCAAUUUUAAAUCUACGAAAGUAUCUAUUUAUCAAUGAAAAAGUCAUUAAAGGUAACAUCUAAUAACUUUUUGAAUUUUAGACCAACUUGCUUAUGUUUCAAAAAGCAUUUUUGUGCACAAUAAUCUGUAAAAUACUGUUGUAAAAAUAUUUUUAUUUGUGUAUUAAUAUGACUGCUUUAUCAACAGUUGUCUUACACGAACUUUGGGGAAUAAAAGAGUGCAAUACUACUAGAUGGACUGUAUAUUUUUAAAAGUGGCUUUGCGCUCAUUAUUUAAGGCUGGAAAAUCUGUAAACAAGGUUUUAUAUUGAUUCAAAACAAUAUUUUAUGAAAU